CCACGCCCCUUGCGACGCGCGGCGGCGACGCCAACGGUCGCGCGGGUGACGGUUAGGGAGGGGCGUGACUCGAGGGCGAGAGGGGGAAAUCAGAGACGCUCGCCCCGCCCUCGAAAUCCGUCGCCCCAAAGCUGGGAUUUAGAGGCUCGGAGGCUGGCACCACGCCCUGGCCAGGUGUGCGGGACUCGAACAGAUGCUCGGCCGCCUCGUCCAAGGCCCCGGGAGCCCGGCGUGAUGGCUGAGAGCCGCGGGUCAGACCGCGGUUGGGCCACCUGGUUUCCGGGUCCCCCAGGACGGCCUUCGGGGGCCCGGGGCGGGGCGGACGGCAGGUGCAGACAUCGGAGCCGCGCCCUCCUGAAACCAAGGGCCCUGGCUGGCUCUCCUCUCUCCCGCGCUGGGCCGACUGAGCUGCGCGGUGCCCUCCGCGACGCUGGGGGCGCUGUAGCCGCGCUGGGCUGGGCUCCGCCACGACCCCGCUGACCCCUCGCCAUUCUCUCAGCGCUCCGGUCCGCUAUGGCCGCCCCGUUCGUCCUUCGAAACCUGUGCGGCGCGCGACCUGCCCUUCGCUGGCCGUCCGCGCAGCUGCCAUGGGUCCCACGGCGUGGGCACCGGCUCACACCAGCGGAUGACGAGCUGUAUCAGCGGACGCGCAUCUCUCUGCUGCAGCGCGAGUCCCCGCACGCCAUGUACAUCGACAGCUACAACAGCCGCGGCUUCACGGUCAACGGAAAUCGUGUGUUUGGGCCCUGCGCGCUGCUCCCGCAGUCUGUGGUGCAGUGGAACGUAGGUUCCCACCAGGACAUCACCGAAGAAAGCUUCUCUCUCUUUUGGAUGCUGGAGCCCCGAAUAGAGAUUGUUGUGGUGGGCACUGGAGACCGUACUGAGCGGCUGCAGUCCGAGGUGCUGCGAGCCAUGAGGCGGCGGGGCAUCGCUGUGGAAGUGCAGGACACAGUACGUCCGGGACUUGGGAAUGCUGAGGAGAGCCCAGGCCUAGCCCUAGCCCAGCUGAUGCUGGCUUUCUUUUUGCAGCCCAAUGCCUGUGCCACUUUCAACUUCCUGUGUCAUGAAGGCCGAGUGACAGGAGCUGCUCUCAUACCCCCACCUGGAGGGUCUCCACUCACAUCUCUGCCCCAAACUGCAGAAUGAACUACCAGGAACUGACCUGUCCAGGACCCUGGCAUCUUUUGCAGAGCGCAGGGGUUCCAAAGUUUUCACUAGCCCCUCCCCUUUGGUGCUGUAAAUAUUUAUUUUGCUUGCCAGCAAUAAUAAUUUAAUCCACGCCUCUGA